UUUGCAUAAACAGUAAAGUAAAGGCACAGAAAAACUCUAUAAAACCACCCAAACGCCCAAAACCUUAACUCCCUUUGAUCCCUCACAACACAAAACGACAGCCAAAACCCAGUUUUGUUAAUCUUCUCCUUCUUAACCACACUUUGCCUGACACAAAGUCGGCAACUUGAAAGAGAGCAGUGUCAAUGAAAGAGACAGAUUGAAAGGAGUGUUAUUCAUUAAUGCCUUAUGGCAUGCCUGAGGAAGAAGAAGCACUGCAUUGAAUUUGAACCCUUUUUUUUUGUCAGUUUUGCUCUUUGUUUGGUCCUCCUCACCAACCCAUAUCGGGAUCUUUGCCAAAAGUUGAAACCUUUGUUGUUGGCUUUUAUUCCGAGACCAUGAUGAAGAGCUUCUGGUUCUUUGCUCAGUUUCUUCACGUCUUCUUGGUCUUCUCCACUCUAAUUGCCUCUGUGGCAGUACAAGCAUUCACUGGAGCCUAUGGAAUAAAUUAUGGAAGAAUUGCAGAUAACAUCCCUUCUCCUGAUAAAGUUGCUACUCUUCUCAGAGCAGCAAAGAUAAAGAAUGUCAGGAUAUAUGAUGCUGAUCACAGUGUUCUCAAGGCUUUUAGCGGGACUGGGCUUGAUUUAGUCGUAGGACUUCCAAAUGGAUACCUGAAAGACAUGAGUGCCAAUGAGGACCAUGCAAGGGAUUGGGUUAAAGAAAAUGUGCAGGCAUUCCUUCCUGAAACACGCAUCCGUGGGAUUGCUGUGGGCAAUGAAGUAUUAGGUGGGACCGAUUAUGAAUUGUGGGGAGCUCUUUUGGGUGCAGUUAAAAAUAUCUAUAAUGCAAUAAAGGAGCUAGGAUUAACUGAUGUAGUUCAGAUUACCACUGCCCAUUCACAGGCUGUUUUUGCUAAUUCCUUCCCUCCCUCUUCCUGUAUAUUCAGAGAUAAUGUUAAACAGCAAUACAUGAAGCCACUUUUGGAGUUCUUCUCAGAAAUCGGGUCUCCUUUCUGUUUAAAUGCUUACCCAUUCCUUGCCUACAUGAGUGAUCCGGAGAACAUAGAUAUUAAUUAUGCUCUUUUCCAGAAAACUCAGGGGAUUUCUGAUCCAAAGACUGACCUUCAUUAUGAUAACAUGCUUGAUGCUCAGAUUGAUGCAGCCUAUGCAGCAUUGGAAGAUACUGGAUUCAAAAAGAUGGAAGUUAUCAUUACAGAGACAGGGUGGGCUUCGCGUGGGGAUGACAAUGAAGCUGCAGCUACAGUAAAUAAUGCCAGGACAUAUAAUUAUAAUCUACGUAAAAGGCUAGCAAAGAAAAAAGGGACCCCUCUCCGGCCAAAGUCUGUAGUGAAGGCGUAUAUUUUUGCCAUAUUUAAUGAGAACUUGAAACCGGGGCCAACUUCUGAGAGAAAUUUUGGACUGUACAAGCCUGAUGGGACCAUUGCAUAUGACAUUGGGUUUCAUGGACUUGUAUCAUCAUCUGCAGAUUCGUUGCGCUUAUCUUCGAAGGAUAUUGGAGCUCGAGGCUGGUCUCGAUCGCAAUACUUGAUAUUACCAAUCUCUAUGGCAGCAGCAUUUCUUCUGUUUUUGAGAUGAUGAUUGAGCAAACCAGGCAGCAGCAGCAGCAGCAGUCGGAGUUGAUCACGUCUCCUUCAAAAGUACAAACGUAACAUUGAUUCGAAAAUUGUAUGGUAGCAGCUAGCUAUAUUGCUUAUUAAGUUUAUCCAUCAGAGGAAAUGUAUAUCAGUUUUGCUUUUUCUACAA